GACAAAUCAGCAUGGCUACAUAGUAAUGACGAAAACAAGUGUGGUCAAAACUAUAAAUACUGAUAGUCGUUAAAAAAAUAGUAUGAUUUCAUUUGAAAAGGUGAACGAUAUAUUAAAAAGAUAUGGGACAGUUAAUAUCAAAGAUAUAUACACUAGUUUCAGGAUUAUCAAGUUCAGUGGCAGCGAAUAUUGUAAUGCUGGGUUUGGAUGCAUCAGGAAAAACAACUAUACUGUACAAGAUAAAACUAAACGAAACCGUUAAAACAAUACCUACAGUAGGAUUUAAUGUAGAAACAGUGGGCCCAUUCAAAGGUAUUAACCUCACAGUAUGGGACAUUGGUGGUCAAGAAAAAAUCAGACGGUUAUGGCAGCACUACUUGAAAAGUGCAGACGGACUUAUUUACGUUGUCGAUAGCAAUGACAAAGACCGACUAUGUGAAGCUAGAGAAGAACUUUAUGGUAUAUUGAAUAGUGAGAAUAUGAGAAGUGUGCCAGUCGUUGUUAUAGCAAACAAACAAGAUAUGCCUGGUGCUAUGGAUCCUUCGACAGUUGCAGAUGGUUUAGAUUUGAAUAGAAUAAAGCAAAGACAAUGGAAAAUCCAAGGAGCCUGUGCAAAAACAGGGGAUGGUUUAUUUGAAAGCAUGAAAGCGAUGAGCGACUUAGUAAAAAGUUACAUAAAUAAGAGCUUAUUAGAAGAAAAAACAGAUCAGUAAAAAUGAACAGUCCAUAUGUAAUGGUCAACACAACGAACAUGGAUAAACAACUGUUCUUACUGAAAAAAGCCAGAUCAGUAUAAAUAAACAGUCCGUAUGUAAUGCUAAUCAAAACGAUGAUGAUUUUUAAAAACAGAUCAGUAGAAAUGAACAGUCCGUAUAUAAUGAUAAUCAAAACGAAGAUGAUUUUAAAAACAAAUCAGUAUAAUGAACAGUCCGUAUGUAAUGGUCAGCAUAACAAAGAAGGAUUAACGAAUGUUCUUACUGAAUGAACUGUAUGUGUAUAUUAUAGAAUAACGAUGAACAAAAUCUGUAUUAUACACUGAAAUGAAUAGAAGCUUUUGCUUAAAAAAACAAGAGUGCACACGCUGAAAUGUCUCGCCUACUAUACUGACCAUUGAUUUUAUGUUGAUAGUCCUAAUUAUAAAGUUUUACUACACGUA